AUCUGUCGUAUCGUAGUCUCGAUUCGAUACUUCGAUAGAGAUAUUAGAGAUUCACAAUAAAUCAUCAGAUUAAGUUAAAAAGAAGAACACAAAAUAAUACCUACAUACGAUGCAUAAUUUAGAUUCAGAUAGUGAAGAUGAAUUACCUCCAGGUUGGGAGGAAAAAUCCACUGAAGAUGGAAGUGUUUACUUCGUAAAUACAUGCACAACAAAGACUCAAUGGACCCAUCCGCGCACAGGCCGUAAGAAAGUAAUACCAAAAGAAUUGCCCUUCGGCUGGUCUAAAACUGUAGAUGAAGAAGGGAAGACUUUAUAUGUUCAACAGGAAACUGGUCAUAAGACUUAUGUGGAUCCCCGACUAGCUUUUGCAAAGGAGGAAAAAAAACAUGUCCAUGAUUUUAGACAGAGGUUUGAUGCAUCCUCAACUGCUUUUCAAAUUUUGCAUGGUGUUGAUUUGUCUGGAAAAUAUGCCAUGAUAACUGGCUGCAACACAGGCAUUGGUUAUGAAACAGCAAAGUCUCUCGCGCGUCAUGGAUGCAAAAUAUUAAUGGCCAAUCGGAAUAUGGAAGCUACCCAAUCAGCUAUAGAAAACAUUGUGAAAGAAACAAAUGCUGCUGAAGAAAAUUUAAAAGCCAUUCAACUUGAUUUAUCCUCAUUACAAAGUGUGAAAAAGUGUGCAGUGAUGGUGAAGACAUUAUUUUCUGACCAUCUUGAUAUGCUCAUACUGAAUGCUGGAGUAUUUGGUAUCCCAUUCACAGAGACUGAAGACAACUAUGAGACAACAUUCCAGGUGAACCAUCUCAGCCAUCUAUAUCUGGCCAUUUUGUUGGAACCACUGCUUAGAAAGGGCUCAAAGGUCAUCUUUGUUUCUUCAGAGUCCCAUCGAUUUGCCAGCCUAAAGAACCUGUUUGCGCAGCAAAGCCUUUCAGUGCCUAAGGAUCAGUACAGUGCAAUGAUGGCUUACAAUAAUUCUAAACUCUUCAAUGUCAUAACUGCAAAGAUCCUUAGCGAGGAAUGGAAAAGCAAAGGCAUUUGCGUGAACUCACUUCACCCGGGCAAUAUGGUGUUCACGAACCUGAGCAAGUCUUGGUGGCUGUACAGGCUAGCGUUUAUGUUCGUCAGACCUUUCACCAAGUCAUGGCAACAAGCAGCUGCCACAACAGUGUACGUAGCUACGGCGGCGGAGCUCGAGGGGGUCACGGGCCUGUACUUCAACAACUGCUUUUACUGUGAAGAGUCUGCUCUAUCCAGGGACAAGGAUAUAGCGAAUGAAGUCUUCGCUUUGUCGCUAAAAAUGAUAGAACAACGCGUAGGCUCCGAGGGCAUUCAGAAAUAUAUGCAAAAAUAUUGUCCAACUAGUAACAGUGUUCAGACAUGAGGUGCAUUUACAUAAUGUAGGUAUAGCAAGGCACAAAAAUGCACCGCAUGCCUUUUAUUUUACACACAUUGAAUUAUAUUUAUUCAUGAUGUGGAUACGCACUUUUGCAACUGGGUGGACAAAGAACCACAAGGGUCCAUUAAAUUGGCCGAUUGCUAGUGCAAUCUACACAACAUACGAAUUUGUGCGAUCUUUGUGUAUAUGUACCACCAUAUUCAGUCUAGGUUUUUGAUGGAACAGACUGUGCAGUUGAUAUUUUACUCCUGAUGACACUGUCACGCUUUGUGUAUCGUACGUCGUAACAUAUAACAAAACUACAUCUUAGGAUGUUAUAAUAUUGUAGUAUGGCAGUGGUAUUACUCUUUGGGUGAGGAAUUGGGUAUUCGAAUUUCCCUUUAGUGUUUUAGGUUUUGGUCUUAAAUUGAAAAAAUGAAAGACUUUUGCAUUUAAAACUAACAUUUAGGGAAAACAGGUGCUAAACUAAUUAUUGUAUAAAUAUUUAUACACAUUACAAAAAUAUGCCACAAA